AUGAAAAUUCAUAACGCAAAUAAUUGGAUAUCAAAUUCACGUAGGACGCUAUCAGGCAGUUUAAACAAUCUAACCUCUCGGUACCAUUAUUCCAGCCAAUCAAACAACACUUUAAAACCGGAAGUGCCUCAAUUGCCGAAGUCAGCACGGGUUGUGAUUGGUGGCGGGGGUAUUAUUGGACCCAGUAUAGCAUAUCAUUUAUCAGAACGAGGCUGGAACGACAUUGUGUUACUAGAACAGGGGAGAUUAACAUGUGGUACGACAUGGCACUCGGUUGGUUUAUGUGGACAACUUCGCAGUGAUCUAACAGAAAUGAAGAUAACAUGUUAUGGUAGAGAUUUAUAUAAAAAAUUUGAAGAGGAAGGCCAUGGGGUCGGUUGGAAGGACAGUGGUAGUAUCAGUUUAGCUAGAACUAAAGAUAGAAUGACAGAUUUUCAGAGGAAGCAUGCUAUAACCAAGGCCAGUGGGUUCGAAACUCAUUUAUUGACGUCGAGAGAAAUUCAAGAAAAAUGUCCUGUGAUCAGAACAGAUGAUUUACAGGGAGGUAUUUGGAUGCCGACUGAUGGAGCAGUUACAGCCCCUGAUGUUGCUAUGGUUUUCUCUAAGCUAGCAAAGAAAAAUGGUAAGUCUUUAUUUAUGGAAGGUGUAAAAGUGGAGAAGAUUUUAACUAAAAAUGAUCGAGUGACAGGAGUAGAAACUUCAGAUGGCAAUAUUGAUUGUGAAUAUUUUGUUAACUGUGGCGGGUUGUGGGCGAGAGAGAUGGGAAUAAAGAGCACGCCCAAUGUAUCCUUGCCCCUACACUCCUGUGAACAUUUUUACGUCGUCACGAAACCAUUGAAAGAGGUGGAGAGGUUGAUGCCGGUUAUCAGAGACUACGAUGGUAAUAUUUUUAUACGAGAAUGGAACGGUGGAUUGUGUAUUGGGGGAUUCGAACCCAAUUCCAAACCUUGUUUCCAUACCGGUGUUCCUGAUAAAUUUGAGUUUCAACUCUUACCAGAAGAUUGGGAUCAUUUUCAGGUACUAAUGGAUGAAUGUCUACACCGUUUACCGAUCAUGCAGAAAGCUGAAAUUCGACAACUUGUGAACGGUCCGGAAAGUUUUACGCCUGAUUCUAAUUGGUUGCUAGGGGAAACACCAGAGAUUAGUAAUUAUUACGUGGCUGCUGGAAUGAAUUCAAGGGGAAUAAUCAGUAGUGGUGGUAUAGGUAAAUAUAUGGCUGAGUGGAUUAUUGAUGGUAGACCCAGUAUAAAUCUCUGGAAAUACGAUGUCCGUAGAUUCACCAAACAGCAUAAUAAUAACAGCUUCUUAAAGGACAGGGUUAGUGAAGUUUUAGGGAAACAGUACAGUUUGAGUUUCCCUCAAGCAGAACAAUCUACUGGUAGAAAACUGCAGACCACGCCAUUACAUGAUGUCUUACAGAGCUCGGGGGCUGUUUUUGGUCAGACCAUGGCAUGUGAACAACCCCUGUGGUUUGAUAGCAGUCGUGAUAAAUCAGAAUUGUAUAUUCAUAAAGGAUCAUUUGGUAAACCAGUGUGGUUUGAUUCAGUACAACAUGAAUACAGGGUUUGUAAAGAUGCUGUAGGACUGGUUGAUAUAUCAGCUCAAACCAAACUAGAAAUUAGGUCUGCUGGAAACGAAGCUCUGGAAUAUCUUCAGUAUCUAUGUAGUAAUGACGUCAAUGUUGGACAAGGCAAUGUCGUCUGCACCACACUCCUCAACCAAAAUGGUGGAAUCGAAAAUCAGGCAUCUGUUGUGGUGUGUGACCAAAACAGAUAUUUCCUCACAUGUCCUGCAACUCAACAGACACGAGCAUUGUCAUGGUUACGAAGACAUUUACCAGCUGGCGGUUCGGUUCAAGUCAGUGACGUCACUUCCGUGUAUUCUGGUAUUAAAAUGAUUGGUCCACACGCUCAGUCUUUACUCUCGAUGGUCGCUGAUAUUUCUACGUCACAGUCUCAUUUCCAGCAACAUACUUCCAUGGUAGUCAAUAUGGAAGGUAUACAGAAUGUACGAAUAGUUAGAUUGAAACAUGGUCUAGCAGAUUGUUUUAUUCUUUAUACACCUGUACAGCAUUCACUCAAAAUAUAUAAUCUAUUAAUGGAGGCAGGACAAAGUCUGCAUAUACAGAACGUCGGCCAUCUUGUAUUACGUCACUUAGCAAUAGAACAAGGUCAAGGACAGUGGGGAAGUGAAUUUAACUCACAUUCUUCACCGUUAGAAUGUGGUCUUUCACAUCAGGUGGAUCUCAAUAAGGAUGAUUUCAUAGGAAAGGAGUCUGUGAUGGAACUUGAACAGAAAGGAGUCCAAGAGAGUUUAGUUCAAUUUUCAUUAGAGAGCUUCGAUAUUCAGAAAGACUCGUGGCCGUGGGGUGGAGAGCCAUUAUUCAGGCAGGGCGAAUUUGUUGGGAAAACCUCGAGUUGUGCUUAUGGAUUCAGCUCAGAGAAAAUGGGAUGUUUAGGGUUUAUCAUUAACAAGGAACACGGACUGGGUAUGCAAGACUUUGUAAAUGAUUUAAACGUAUCGUAUGAAAUAGAUAUCGCAGGUCGGAGAUACCAAGCUGUUGUUGUAAAUAGAUGUACAACGGGAACACCGAAGUGA